ACCAGUGCGGCCGCCAUUGUCCGGCGGGCGGCGAGUGGAGUGGUCCUUGAGGCCGGGGCGGCUCCUGGGUUUACGGCCACUUUGGGCUUCCGUGCUCGACCUGUCGGUCCAGAAUGAACCCCGAAGAGGAAGCGACAGAACUGGCGAUGGCUACGGGGCUGCCCGCGGAGUGGCUUCAGGAGCCGGUGACCUUUCGGGAUGUGGCGGUGGACUUCACCCAGGAAGAAUGGGGGCAGCUGGGGCCUGCCCAGAGGACUCUGUACCGUGACGUGAUGCUGGAGACCUUUGGGCAUCUGCUCUCUGUGGGACCUGAGCUUCCAAAACCUGAAGUCAUCUCCCAGCUGGAGCAAGGCACUGAGCUAUGGGCAGCAGAGAGAGGAAUUGCCCAGGGUUACUAUCCAGGCUGGGAGUCUGGACCUGAAAGCCACACGCCACCCAAGGAGCAUGGCCUUCCUAAGAUGGAGCCAUCCUGUGUCACCGAAAGGGAAGGCUUCCUGAGGAAUGCUUCCUAUCCCACCAUAUUAAGGGAAGACUGGAAAUGUGAGGGCCAGGUGAAGUUGCCUGAGAAAGAACAGGAUAAUUUGAGCCAGUUGGAAUUUAGCCUCGAGGAAGCACCAAUUCAAGAUAAAAGCUAUGAAAGUCUCAGACUUGGGGAAAAUGGUGUCCUGAACUCAAACCUAAAUGCAUCCCCAGAGGUUUCUGGGCGAGAAUAUCUCUGUGCUUACGACUCACAGGUUAUAAACUCGGAACAUAACUCAAGUUUAAUCAGUCAGCAGACUGGGUCCUCAGGAAAAGAGCCGUGUGACAGCAGUGACUGUAGCAAAACUUCUGGUCAAGCCAUUCCAGUCACGGAACUCACACGAAGCCAGGUACAGGAUAAACCCUACAAAUGUACAGACUGCGGGAAGUCAUUUAACCACAACGCACAUCUCACAGUGCAUAAGAGGAUUCACACGGGAGAACGACCUUAUAUGUGCAAAGAAUGUGGGAAAGCCUUCAGCCAGAACUCCUCCCUGGUUCAGCAUGAGCGAAUCCACACAGGAGACAAGCCCUAUAAGUGUGCUGAGUGUGGGAAGUCUUUCUGCCAUAGCACACACCUUACAGUCCACCGGAGAAUUCACACCGGAGAGAAACCUUAUGAAUGUCAGGACUGUGGGCGGGCCUUCAACCAGAAUUCAUCCCUGGGCCGACACAAGCGGACACACACUGGAGAGAAGCCAUACACGUGUAGCGUGUGUGGGAAAUCCUUCUCACGGACCACUUGCCUGUUUCUGCAUCUGAGGACACACACAGAGGAGAGGCCAUAUGAGUGCAACCACUGUGGAAAGGGCUUCAGACACAGCUCCUCUCUGGCCCAGCAUCAGCGGAAGCAUGCUGGGGAGAAGCCCUACGAGUGCCGCCAGCGGCUAAUCUUUGAGCAGACUCCAGGUCUAACAAAGCACGAGUGGACAGAAGCCCUCAGCUGUGACCCACCUUUGAAUCCAGAGGAGAGAGCUCACCGGAGCGACAGGCCUUUCAAGUGUAAUCAUUGUGGGAAAUGUUUUAUUCAGAGCUCGCACCUCAUCCGACACCAGAUAACUCAUACCAGAGAGGAGCCCCAGGGACGGAACCGGCGACGGCUUGAGCAGUCCUUCAGCCGGAGCUCUCACCCUGGCCGCCAUCAGCACACACACUCAAGUGAGAACCCUGGGGGCGGAACAAAGGCAGGACAGCCUGCGAGCCGGGCACUUGCAUUAUUCGACAUCCAUGAAAUCAUGCAAGAGAAAAACCCAGUUCACGUUAUUGGGGUUGAAGAGUCUUCCAUGGGUGCUUCCGUGUUAUUCGACAUUAGAGACUCCUCAUAGGAGAGGAGCUCUACGGAUGACUUGAACCACAGGUACAAAACUGUAGUAAGUCCACACAGUGCAUUCAUGGAAAGGGGGACUGGGGGUAGAAAUGUCUAAGGUGACCUCUGAUUUCUUAAGAAAAUGGUGCUUUGCAAAUACCUGAGUUUGAUGGUUCUCAAAUCUGUCAAGCCCAGUGCCCCCUUUAACCAUAGAUAUUUUCUACUGUCCCUCUAUUACUCCAAAAUGAAUUCACAGGUAAUGUAACCUACACACGUGUACUGUAGAAAAUCGAUCUACAGUCCCUUUUUGUAGAGCAUAAUUAAAACAAAAGUAAUUAAGGUAGAGCAACAUGUACUAAGUGGGUGCAGUAUCUUACCAUGUGACUGUGUGGGCCAUUAUGCCUAUACAGCUGGGGUGUUGGCUGUUGUCAUCUGGUAUAUGGGAUAUAAUGUUGGCCAUAGAAAUACCUUGACGGGCAUUCCUGUAUGGGAUGUGAUUUUCUUAAGUGGUGACUAACUCUUGCAAAAGUCGAACAAAACAAAAUGCCACUGCAUUUCUGGAAAAUUCUGUAUAAAAUUCUAAGCAUGCAGGAGUUAAUAUGUGAAGUUGACUUAGGAUCUCAUUUCAAACUGGUUGUUUCACACAUAUAUACAUACAGGGUCUGCAGGGGCCUGUUCUGCAUGUCACAGUCAUUAGUGCACAUGUGGCCCCCAUGUACAUGUCGGCUGCAUUCAUGGCCAGAUCAAUGACC